AUGUUGGCUCACGCAUCUGUGUGGAAGUACCUGGAACAAUUCAGGAACAUUUCCUUGCUCAAUGUGGAAGGCAAGCUGUUCUUCACUGUGCUAGCCGAACGACUCACCAGUUAUCUGAUUUCUAAUAACCUUAUUGACACAGAAAUCCAGAAGGCAGGAAUCCCAGGAUUCCCAGGUUGCACAGAACACGCCAGUACGAUUUGGAACCAGAUCCAGCUUGCUAGGAGCAGAAAGGAAGACCUCCAUGUCGUCUGGCUGGACUUGGCAAACGCCUAUGGGUCUAUUCCACACAAGGUCAUCCAGUAUGCAUUGGAGUUCUUCUGGGUACCAAAGGAAGUGAAACAGAUGGUCCACAACUACUUCUCUGACUUUAAGCUAAGCAUCAGCACCAGGAACUAUACCACAGGCUGGCAGAAGGUGGAGAAAGGCAUUGCCAUGGGGUGUUCCAUUUCACCAUUAUUGUUCAUCAUGGGAUUUGAAGUUCUCCUGGUUGGUGCCAAACAGGUGGUGGGAGGAGUCAAGGCACCAACGGGGGAGAGGAUGCCAGCACUCCGUGCAUUCAUGGACGAUGUGACAAGCAUUCUCCGUACUGCACCGUGCACCAAACGUCUGCUGCAGAGACUAGAAGAACUGACAGGAUGGGCAGGUAUGCAGUUUAAACCAGCAAAGUCUAGAAGCCUGUCUCUUAGGAAAGGAGUGAUCAGCAACAGGACCUUCUCAGUAAACGGCCAACAAAUCCCGAACAUUCAGGAAGAACCAGUCAAGAGUUUAGGCCGGCUGUAUACAAGUAGUCUGAGUGACAGAGGUAGAGGCCAGGAUGUAGUCGACCAAGCAUGUAACGGCCUGAGACUGAUUGACAAGUGCGAGUUACCAGGGAGACUGAAAAUCUGGUGUGUGCAGUUCAUGCUGUUUCCGAGACUCAAGUGGCCACUUAAGACAUACAACAUCUCUAUAUCUACAGUCGACUUAAUAGACAGAAAGGCCAAUUCCUACUUCCGACGUUGGCUAGGAGUGCCGAGAUGCCUGUCCACGGUUGCCCUGUUUGGCAGAAAUAAGCUAAACCUUCCACUCACAUCUAUUGCAGAAGAGUUCAAGCUCGACAAGAGUACUCAGAGAUGGAGGAGUGCCAACCCCAGGGAAAGGAGGCAGUUGGUGUCGCAUGAGGUUAGAAGGAUGGAGGAGGAGGGCAGGAUGGUGACCGCAGUUGGUCAGAGCCAACAAGGUGCCUGGCUAAACUGGGAUGGUGUGGUCGAGAGAAGGUUCACAUGGACCGACCUGUGGAAUAUACAGAGUGCCAGGUUGAGUUUCUUAGUGAGAGCAGCGUAUGACGUCCUCCCCACCCCUCGUAACCUCACUCGGUGGUAUAGGAAUGAGGAGUCUUGCCAGCUGUGCGGGGUAGCUCAAGCUGACUUGAAACACAUUCUGUCAGGCUGCAAGACUGCUCUGCAACAAGGUCGCUACACAUGGAGACACAACAAGGUGUUAAGACAGCUAGCAGUGAAGCUGGAGGAAGUAAGAAAGGAAUCCUCCAGCACAUCAUCAUCCUUUCAGUCUAUCCAGUUUGUGAAAGAGGGUCAGAAACCAAGAUCAACAGCAGUCACGGGUACAGUUAACUCAGGAAGCAGUAUUCUGUGCAGGGGAAAGUGGGAGAUGAGAGCAGACUUGGACAGACAACUCCACUUCCCGAGCACCAUCUGUGAGACAUCUCUUAGACCGGAUCUAGUCCUGUGGUCCGAGGAUCAGAAAGCUGUACUGAUUAUUGAGUUGACAAUCCCGUGGGAAGAAAAUGUGCAAGCAGCAUUUGAAAGAAAGAAACUGAAAUAUGAUGAUCUGGUCCAGCAGUGCAAGCAGAAAGGAUGGCAGACGCGCCUAUACCCAGUAGAAGUCGGAGUAAGAGGAUUUGUAGGGACUUCCUUCAUGCGUCUGUGCAGGGACUUCAACAUCAGGGGAAAAGCCCAGACAAAGCUCACUAGACAGGUGACUGAGGAAGCAGAAAGAAGCAGUUUCGUGUUGUGGCUGAGGAGAAAGGAUAAGGCGUGGAAGUCCUUCCAGAGAAGUGGUGACAGUGCCUGA